CCACUGAACUCCAACCCCCGCGCUCUCUAUCAGCAUCUCAUUCCUGUCUCAAUAUGUCUCAAGAUGGCGGCCAAUGCAGGAUCGAUGUUUCAAUAUUGGAAGCGCUUUGACUUACAACAACUACAGAAAGAACUAGACGCCACCGCCACACAGCUUGCCAACAGACAGGACGAGAGUGAACAGUCCAGGAAGAAACUAAUCGACCUGAGCCGCGAGUUCAAGAAGAACACACCAGAGGAUUUCCGGAAACAGGUUGCCCCUUUGCUCAAAAGCUUCCAAGGAGAGAUCGAUGCCUUGAGUAAAAGAAGUAAAGAAGCAGAGGCCGCCUUCUUGAACGUGUACAAGAAAAUAAUCGAUGUCCCAGACCCUGUACCUGUGCUGGAGCUGGCUCAGCAGCUGCAGCUGAAGCUCCAGAGGAUGCAUGACAUUGAGACAGAGAACACCAAACUUCGAGAGACACUGGAGGACUACAACAAAGAGUUUGCAGAGGUUAAAAACCAAGAGGUGACCAUUAAGGCCUUGAAGGAGAAGAUCCGUGAGUACGAGCAGUCUCUGAAGAAUCAAGCCGAGAACCUGGCCCAAGAGAAGCAGCUCCAGCUACACAACGACUAUGCAGAGAAGGAGAGGAAACUCCAGGAGAGCCAGGACUCCAUGUCCUCACGGUUGGAAGAGUCCGAGCACAAGGCCCAGUCCCUACAGACAGCACUUGAAACAACUCAGGCCGAGCUCUUUGAUUUGAAGACCAAGUAUGACGAGGAAUCCACAGCAAAGGCCGAUGAGAUUGAGAUGGUGAUGACAGACCUGGAAAGAGCCAAUCAGCGAGCAGAGGCAGCUCAGCGCGACAUGGACUCGCUCAGAGAGCAGGUGUCCUUGAGCAGCCAAUCACAGCUGGGCAGCCCGGCCAAGGCCGACCCCGACACGCAGACGGAGGGGGCAUCCAACUCAAGUCAGGAGGCGGAGCUACGGGCCAAAGAAAGGGAGACAGCCCAGCUGGUGGAGGACGUCCAGAGACUGCAGGCCAGCCUGACCAAACUCCGAGAGACCACCAGCUCUCAGAUCGCACAUCUGGAGGAGCAGCUCAGCAGCAAGACUGCCACUCUCAAGGAAUUGGAGGAGAAAGUGCUUAAGCAAGCUGACUAUGAGGAGGUGAAGAAGGAGUUGAGCAUCCUCAAGUCCAUGGAGUUUGGGACAUCUGACUCUAUGCAGGACUCCUCCAAACCUCUGGAGGUUCUGUUGCUGGAGAGGAACCGCAGUCUUCAAUCUGAGAGCGCCGCUCUGCGCAUCGCCAACACUGAGCUCAGCGGGUCAGCCGGGCGGAAAGGGACAGAAGAGUCCACAACGAAGGAGGAGACCAUGCCCAGCGAUCCCUCUUCCUCGCCCCCUUCUCCCCCUCCCUCUCUUCCUUCCUCCUCCCAGUUCCCCCUGUCUCGCACUAAGACGGACACCCUAAACACUGCCACCAACACCAGCAGCGGCGAAGCGCACCCUUUCAGUCCUACGGGCAUUGGACAGGAUUUCUACUCCCCUGUGUUCCCUCUGGUGGGUGGUAAGAUGGCUUUGAACUCCCUGAUCCAGCGGCAGCUGCUUCAGACCUUCUACUCCAAAGCCUUGCAGGAGUCGUCUGGGAUCCCCAGUGGCGCUCUGCUGUUCACGCCCUUCACUCCAACCCUCGGCUCCAUCCCUACCUCCACCCCAGGCUCUGGGUCAGCUGCCAUCCCUCUGGCGGCCAGCAGCCCCCAGCCACCUCCAGCCAGCCCAGACAUGGCUCCUGUGAAUGGGAGCAGCACCGCUGGCAGUGCCCCAUCCCCGUCACCCAGCCACUCUGAGGCCACCACGGGAAGUAUUUUGGACGGGGAGGACAUGGACACGGCUGAGAUUGCCCGACAGGUGAAAGAGCAGCUGAUCAAGCACAACAUUGGCCAGCGAGUGUUUGGCCACUAUGUGCUGGGACUGUCCCAAGGAUCGGUGAGCGAGAUCCUGGCCAGACCAAAGCCGUGGAACAAGCUAACCAUCCGGGGGAAGGAGCCUUUCCACAAGAUGAGGCAGUUCCUCGCCGAUGAGCAAAACAUCCUCGCACUGCGCAGCAUCCAGGGACGGCAGAGAGGUAACAUUACCGCCCGGGUCCGCACCCCAGAGGCUGGUUCAGAUGAGGCUAUCAAGUCCAUUCUGGAGCAGGCCAAAAGAGAGCUGCAGGUGCAGAAAGCUGACUUGUCCCAUGCUCAGCCUUCAUAUGCAGGACUGAAAGGUGGGGGCGGCAUGGGAGGCAUGGGAGGCAUGGGAGGCAUGGGAGUCAUGGGAGGACUGGGAGGCCUGGGAGGCCUGGGAGGACUGGGAGGAGGAGGGGGCCACGGGUCAGAUGAGGCUAUCCGCUCCAUCCUAGAGCAAGCGCGCAGAGAGAUGGAGGCCCAACAAACUGCAAUGGAGCCCCUCCUCAAAGCGUCAUCUUCGUCUUCCUCCUCAUUACUAUCACAGAGGGACUUCCUAAACUCCUCGCUGACCGCUCCCCUUCCCCCUUACAACCCCCUGGCACUCUCCCUCAAGAAGCCCAGCAGCUCCCUCUUGUCCUCCCCCUCAUCCCCGUCUCCCAUCCUGGACUUCAGCGUGAAGAGAGAGGGCAGGGGUUCUUCAGGGAUGGACCUGUCAGUUGAGGGAGCUCUCAGGCUGGGUCGGAGCUCUGAAGGGCCCGGCCGCUCUGGAAGUUCUGGAGGAGUGGGUUACUGGAGAGAGCAGUGGUGGAGCAACAUGCACACGGACCCCCGCAGGGCCGCAGUCAGCCAGACAGGAGAGGACAACCACAUGCAGGAGGACUCCAAAGAGGGAAUAUUGAGUGACAGUCUGUCUCGACACAAGCCGUGGAACAAGUUGAACCAGAGGAGCAGAGAGCCAUACCUCCGCAUGCAGCCGUGGCUCAACGGAGACCUGGGGCAAAACGCACACAUCCAGCCAGCUCAGAACCAAGCAGAGGGUACUCCCAAGACAUCUGCCAGCUGCAGCCCUGCUCCUGAGUCCCCCCUCAGUUCAGCUGAGGAGUCUGUCAACGGUCUUGGAGGGGAUCCACUCGCUUCACAGUCCUCCAGUCUCAAACCUGCGUCUGAGGAUCCCUCAGGUGGGGAGUCCCAGCCCGGCACCCCGCUGCCUGUCCCCGGUCAUUCGGGUCUCAGUAUCCAGGAAAUGGUUGCCAUGUCUGUUGAGCUUGAUACUUAUGCCAUCACCAAAAAGGUUAAGGAGGUGCUGACUGAUAAUAACCUUGGCCAGCGUCUGUUUGGGGAGACUAUCCUGGGUCUGACUCAGGGUUCUGUCUCAGACCUGCUGGCCAGGCCCAAACCCUGGCACAAGCUCAGCCUGAAAGGCCGAGAGCCAUUCGUCCGUAUGCAGCUCUGGAUCCAGGACCCACACAGUGUGGAGAAACUCAUGGACAUGAAGCGCCUGGAGAAGAAAGCUUACAUGAAGAGGCGGCUAAGCUCCCUGAGUGAUAGCCAUCCUGUGGACGUGGGUUUAGUGGGGCAAGAUUACAUGCAGGGCUCCCAGAGCCCGGUUCAUCAGCAUCUGAAGAAAGCCAGGGUGGUGCUGGGCCCCGAGGAGAAGGAGGCCCUAAAAAGGGCCUACCAGCAGAAGCCCUAUCCCUCCCCAAAAACCAUUGAGGAGCUGGCCUCCCAGCUCAACCUGAAGACCAGUACUGUCAUCAACUGGUUCCAUAACUACAGGUCACGCAUCCGGCGAGAGCUCUUCAUAGAGGAGAUCCAGGCCGCUGGAGGGUUAGGGCAUGGCAGUGAGGGGGGCUCCCCAUCCCUCCGAGGGUCCAAAUCAGGAGAGGGGGACAGCUGUGAUGGGACAGAAUCUGAAGGCACAGUGGAGACACGCCAGGGACUGGGCAUGGGCCUGGAGGAUCACAGAGGAGCAUGCAAAGACGACAUGGAGGUGGAGUCUGAGGCAGGGGGAUCUAAUAACUCCCCUGACCAGCUAGACUGCACCGGGCCAGGCUCCAGCUGUGGUCUGGGGCUCUUCAGCCUCACAGAGGCAUCCUCCAGUGGCUCUGCCUCUAGUACUAACAUCCCAGCCUCUGGCCCUGCCAGAAACCCCAGGGACAACAAUCUGCGCAAGAAGAAAGCAGCCAAUCUCAAUAACAUCAUCCACAGGCUGGAGAAGGCUGCUAGCAAAGAGGAUCCCUCAGAGUGGGAGUUCUAGCUCCUCCUGAGCAUCCUGCACCCCUCUUGUCUCAUAACCUCACAACCUCUAACCUUGGACCCCUCCUGCUCUGUUCCAGUUGGAGAGUGGACACAGCCAAAGUCAAGCUCAGCAGCCAUUUUUAUUACAGAAAAGCUUUCCGAAAAGAGGAAAGAAACAAAGAGCGGUUGGCAAAACCCUUAAAAAGAAGAUUUACUGAAUACCUAGAAGAACAAAAUAAGAGAACCUAUGCGUCUCUCCGUUUUUUUUUAAACUGAGUUUUGUUUUUGUACUGAGAAAAGCACUUAGCCGUCCUGCUGGCCUCCGGCCCUGCUGUACCUUCCCCUAUCACCAGCCACUGGUGCACCAGACUGGUUCCUCCUGAGCGUGGGUCUGACCCACAGCUGAGGAUGAAACCUGGACUCAGAAACACAGGCAAGGCCUGACACAGCAGCUGUCACAGUGAUAGACACUGUUAGAUGAUAGAUAGAGACAGGAACUCUCUUACAAGAACUCUCACUUUCUUAAAGGAGAUUUUUUCCGCUCUUCUUCUCACCUCCCAAGUGUCCACAAACCUCCCCUCACUCAGUGAGACGCCUCAUUUUUCACACUGUAGAGUGACUGUUACAAACCCUUUGCCUUUUUCACUCACUGCGUGUGUGUGUGUGUGCGUUUUUGUAUGUUAGGGGUUGCGUCAGUGUGCACCUGUUUGUUUGUUUGUUUGUGUAAACACACCCAAAAAUGGUGUGUGUGUGUUCUCUUCUCAAUGGCAGCAUGUUUUCUUUUUCAUCUCACUCCUACACUCUUAAGAGGGUAGUGGAAGGCCUGCCGGCUGAGCUGCCAUGGUUACUGAUGUAAGAGAGAUGAACUUUGACCUGUUGUGUCCCAUAUCCUAUCCUGCUGACAGCCAUGUGAUGGCCAGAAGGAUCUCUAAUUCCUCACAAACACACGCACUCAUCUGAAGAGGAAGGAUGGAAAGAACCCUCUUUUGCCUCCUUAAACCCGUCUUUAAAGGAUGAAGGAUGAUCUCUUUUUUUUGAUAUUGCAAUUUGGUUGCCAAUAAGAGAUUGCACAGUCUAUUGACUCUAAAGAGUACAAAAUAGGGAAUUUUAGGAAGCAUUUUAAUUAGUACAAAAUAAGAACAGAAAAUAAGAGAAUAACAAGUUACUGUCUUUAAAAAAAAAAAACCCUGAUUAGAAUGGAAUAAUGUUGCGUUUUUAAAAUACGAUACAAUGAAUUCACGUAGUACUGUAGCUUUCUGACACAUUGAUACUUCACGUGUCUCUUGUUGUUUGAGGUCGUGCACGUCACAGCUUUUGCCCAGCACUGGACCUGCUGGGUGUGUGUGUGUCUGCACCACCAACACAUUUUCUCUGUUCACAAACACAUCUUUUUAUAGGCCAAAUCAGGAAGAGUGUGUGUGUGUAUGUUUGUCUGUGUGAGCGUGUGUCUGUGUGCAUUUGUAUUUGCUUGCAUGUAAGUCAGGGUCGAGGUCAAUUCACUCAGAAGUAAAAAAUUAAGAAGAAGUUUAUCAAUAAUGACAUUUUUGACUGAAAUAAUGGGUUUUAUGUAGAAUACUUGAUUAAUCUGUACUUUCUGGUGUCUGCCGUCAAAGUGAAUUCACCCCCACCCUGGUGUGAGUAGUUUCCACUCUCCUCCAGUCUAUCCUGUAUCCAGGGAUGUUUUGCAUUGAAUUCUACUGUAUACACUACAAAUUAUAAGGCAUAUCACCUCCUCCCUGUCCCACACAAGCCCUCAGUGCCUGUCAGCCUACUGCCUCCCCUUGUGUGUGUGUGUGUGUGUGUGUGUGUGUGUGUGCGUGUGUAUGCGUGGGUGCAUGUACACACAUGCCUGUCAAUACAUGCGUGUGCACAAAUGUGUGCGAUUGAGGAGUGUUCAGUGUUUCCAAUGAGUGGGGUCAUAUUUCUUAUCUACUUGCACACACUACUAGUGCACAACUGACACCCUUCUUUAAGCUGUUUGAUGCGUUACCAUUACAUUAAUCUUCUCACAAAGUAGUGUAAUACUAUGAUUUACUGUAGCUUGGUUUUAUUGCUAUUUUGCAUUUAUAGUUUGGUUUUUAUUCUGCUUAUUUAUAGGUGCUGUAUUUUUUUCAUUUAAUGUCUUAUCAUUUGAGUUGUCUAUUUUUUAAGGGAUUAUACUGUUCCUGAGGGCAAGUAACAUUUUUAUUAGACGUAUAGACUGCCGGCAGUAUUGGUUAAUAUUUACAAAGAUGUACUAGUUCUCGUUUGUUUGUAUGUUCAUGAAUCCUAAAGUUUAGUGUCAUUUCAAUAGCUUUGAAAAAAAUGUGUUUGCUACAGUCCAUGCUCCCGUAAGCAUUAAGCUUUUACCACAACAGUUAUGCUCUUACAUUGCUAGCUAGAGAAUCAAAGGACAUAUCAAGAUCGGUGAAUAUAUGAUAGCAUAUCUCUUUUCCUGUUUUCUAUCCUUCUACAAUGUUCAUUUUUGUUCGGCUGUUUCUUGGGCAAGCCCGGCACCAACGUCCGGCAGGGCAUGCAGCUUUCUUUAGAUAGACGUCGCCCACUCUGUAAUCACGUUACCAUAAUUAUGCAGGUCCCAUUGUUUAGACUUUGUCAAAUAGGUCAAAUGAAAUUACCUAAACUUGAAAACAGAAGUAACUUGAAAGAGGUCAUAUCUGCCAAAUUGAGAUUAGAAAAGUAUACCAGCUAGCAGGGGUGCUACGUCAGAUUGAACAGAUAGCCAGCCUAUGAUUAUGCAGAAUAUAUAUUGCAGUCUGUAACAAAGCACUUAUUAGGAUCUUUCUGAAGACUUACUUGGGACAGGGUCUGUAAACACUACGACAGAGUACGAGCCCGGGAUCCUGGGAAAAUGUUUGCCUUUUUCAAAAAGUGGUUGUGAACCAAGCACAGACUCUUCUCCGCAUCCGAACACUAAAAUUAAAACAUAAGAUUGCUGUAUCCAUGUUUUCUAAAUGAUAAACUGUAGUCUAUUACAGUAGCCCCUAUUUCAAACUCCAGAUAACUGUGUGACAGAAAGGGCCUUUGUCCUGUACAGUUGUAGAUAUUAUGAGUAAACUCCUGUUAUGGUUUCUAUCCAAAAUGUCCUCAGUCCAUCCUUAAGCCUCCCCUUUCCCUGAAUGUACAUCCAGAUGUAUUGGCAGCCUAUCAAAAGACACUGAUAACCUCAUUGCACUCUAUUAGGAUGCAUUAGGUCAAAUUGGAUUUUCCAGUGUAUCUAAUAAUUGCAAAUUCCGCAAACAUUGGCGCUUCCUGUGGACGACUGAUGUGAAACAUCUGUCUUCUGCAGAAUACUGAAGGCUUCUUGCCUUCUGUUGGACUGCUCGGAUUGGACAACCACAGUAUGUUUAAUUGUGAUGAAUAGCUACUGUAAAGUUUAUAAGCACUUAACCCAUUUGCCAUUUUAUAGCCAGAUCCAUCAACUCACCCAAUCCAUGUGAGAUCAUCAGAUUUGUGCCUUUAACUGCCAAGCAGGGCACCAAACUAGUGAUGUCAUUAGAUGUAGAUGAUUUCACCUGAUUUGUUCAUAAUAUAGCCCACAUCUUGACCCAAAUUAAUUUCCCAUGCACUUCAUAAAUAUUGGUACUUUUGAAGUUGACUUGUCUCAGCUCUCUGGAGAGGGUUGUAUAUAAUUCCUGGAGUGUAGUGAAAGAGUAAAAGGAGAACAGCGAGCUUGUGUAUUCUUAUGACUGACUUGCAGACAUGUUUCCGUCCGGGUCUUAUUUCAGACAGUUGUUUUCCCACAAUGCAUUUCUUACGUUGUACAUAACCUGAUCUAGCAGCGAAAGGCCAGAGCAUUGAAUGAAGGAGGAAGCAUGCAGAAAACAGCAUACACUGUAAUAACACUGAAUUUAUUCAUAGGGCAUUUUGUAUUUUUCUGUUUGUGUCAGGUUUGCUGUGACAUUAAUAGUGGCACUACAGGUAUUGAUUAUGACGUGUGCCAAUUCAAAUGGUUAUUUGGAAAAGAGACGUGUAAAUACAGUCAAUCAAGUAGCUAUUGAUUCACUUUUGUCACAGUAUGCUUUUGUUUGAAGGCAGGAGGAGAGAAGGGACGAUUCAGGACUUUUCCAUGAUCCACAGAUAUUUUUCUACAAAUUUAAAUCAGAUGAUUCUAUACACUGUUGAAUAACAUUGUAAAGGUGUAACAGAUGCUGUAUAUCAUAUCAUGUUUUCUGAAGUCGUAAAGCUUUACUGUAUGAUCUGUUGAAGUAGUGGUUAUUCAUUUUGACAUAUUAGUUGUAAUGGAAGCCCAAACAGCAGCACUGGUCACCAUAUUCAGGAAAAAAAAAGAAAGAAAGAAAAACCUCAGAUGUUUUUUGUAAUACUUUUAGAAUAUAUCUUAUGAAGUGGGUUUUGUAAGGAAACACUUUCGGAAUCAGUGGUGCUGUAUGCAUAGCACACUCAGUAAUACAUACACACAUAAUACAGCACAAUACACUCAUCCUUUAAACCCCCCCCCCCCACCCCCCCCCCCCCCCCCCCCCCCCCCCCCACUUUACUUGCGUGCUUUUUUUAUGUUAUUUCGCUCACCUCUCACAUUGGCUAAUUUUUAAGUCUUAAACCAUUUCCUCUUAUCUCAUCAGUUAUUUCAUGCUUAACUGUACAGUUUUUACCACCCAGAGACCGACUCCGGAGUGCUAAACAUUUCAGCGACUGCUUGCAAGACUUAAAAGAGGAAGCAUAAAGCCAAAUAGUGAAGUUAGUUAUCCACCACUGUUGAAAGGUUGCUGACAGUUUUCUGAAUGUUGCUACCUUGUGUCGUGGCUUCAGUUCACCCAUAGCUAAACCACAGUGUAGUCUGACAACCAAACGACCUGGGGAGAUCUUCUUCCCCCUCCUUUUGGAAAGCUUUAAGAUGCUUGUUGAGGCUUUAGCAAUUCAGAGUGUUUUUAGAUGAUCUUUCCAACCUUUGUCAUCAACAAUGUGGAAGUAAUAAUUCUCAUAACUUCUCCCACUGCUUAUUUUGUGAGUGUGUGUGUGUGUGUGUGCGCGUACAUGUGUGUUGUAGUACAAAAGGCUGCAUGACUGUAAAGGGAUGGUUAAGAUGUUUUUUGAAAGAUGUUUCCCUAGCACUUCUGUCACUCCUGAGAUGCUUUUUUCUCCUUGUUGGGGUCUCCUUCCCUUUUGUUUUUCCUCAUGUAUCAUUGUUUCUUUAUCUUUCUAUUUACUAAACGUAUCAUGUUGUUUGUUCUCAGCACUGUAAAACAGUCCCUUCUACAACAUUGAAAAGCAAUAUCACUGUAUGAAACGUUCACAAUGUAUUUGUUAUGAUUGACAUUUGAUUCAUCAUCAUCAUUAUUAUUCACAUGCACCCUAGGUGUGAUAAUUGAAGUAAAUCUCUUUUAUACAAAUACUAAAA